AUGGGAGGACCUAAUGAUGGUUAUUCGAACGUUCGCAUCCCUGAUGAAAUGUUGUUACCAGCUAAUGGUAAUGACAUAGCCACAAUUGUUGAUAGUAUAUUUCUAUUGUUCAAGGAAGGCGGUUGUCAGCAACAAUACAUAUCAAAUAGGGCAAUUUUGGCACCCACACUAGACGUUGUCAAUGCAAUCAAUGAGUACAUGACUGAUUUGCAUGUUGCGGAAAGCAAGACAUAUUUAAGUUGCGAUACUGUGUGCAAAGCUGAUUCUGGCAAUGGUAUCCUCGCUGAUAUGCACACUCCUGAGUUCCUAAAUGGCUUGAAAGCAUCUGGCAUACCUAACCAUGCUUUAACUUUAAAGGUGGGAUCUCCGGUUAUGUUGUUAAGAAACAUAGAUCACUUGAUGGGUCUAUGUAAUGGUACAAGACUUAUCAUCACCAGAUUGAUGGGUCUAUGUAAUGGUACAAGACUUAUCAUCACCAGAUUAUUGGGUCUAUGUAAUGGUACAAGACUUAUCAUCACCAGAUUAUCUGAUCAUGUUGUGGAGGCAAGACUUAUCAUCACCAGAUUAUCUGAUCAUGUUGUGGAGGCAAAGAUUGUUUCAGGGAAUAAUGCAGGCCAAAUUGUCUUGAUACCAAGAAUGUCAAUAACCCCAACUGAUACAAGAUUACCUUUUAAAUUUCAAAGAAGAACCCCAACUGAUACAAGAUUACCUUUUAAAUUUCAAAGAAGACAAUUUCCUUUGAUGCUAUCAUACGCAAUGACUAUCAACAAAAGUCAAGGGCAAACAUUGACACAUGUUGGCUCUAUCAACAAAAGUCAAGGGCAAACAUUGACACAUGUUGGCUUACUAUUAAGGAAACCGGUCUUUGUUCAUGGUCAACUAUACGUGGCUGCUUCAAGAAUUAGCAACCCUAAAGGUCUACGAUUGUUGAUAGCAAAUGAAGGUACUAAGAGUAUUAACUAUACUACAAAUGUUGUGUACCAUUAA